AUGUCGAUUUCGCCACAAAAACGUGGAAGGGGGCUGGACUUUCCACCGAAUCAACGGUGGUGCAAGCUCGUCAAGCAAGAGAUCGAAUUUGUGGAUCAGACGUUAGACAUCGUUCGAUCAUUCAACUCUUUUUCAGACCCUGAAGCCUACCCCAGCUCGUCGGAAGACCAGCCCUUUUGCUUGUUGGGAGGACAAGACACAGAGCAAACAUCACCAUGUAUUGGUAGUCAGCAUGCUGUCGACGAUGCGCAACAACGUCCGACCAGCUCGACUUACUCGCAUACAGAUAGUCAACCCCAAGAGUCUAAUAAUCUAGGCCACGCCGCUUUGCCAUUUCACCAGCAUUCUGAUCAAUUACCCGGGCUGGUGUUUCACGAAUACACAAACGUUACGGCUGAGCAGAUUGACAGUAACCUGGAUAACACCGAAUUUACGGCACAGGAUACCUAUGCUUCAUACGGUGAUAAAUACCAGCUACGUCUACCCACCCGCGUGCUCAAGCAAGACGAGGCAGAGUUGGUUCGCCACUUCCUUUCCGGCUUCAGCGAUGCCUUCGAUCUUGGGGAUCCAGAUCGGCCAUUCUCCAGUUGGAUAUCAACCCGAGUGUUACAAUAUCCUCGACUUCUCGAGUCUGUCUUGACGAUCGCCUCGAGACAUCUUGGCAAGGGGAAAACUAGUACAACUUGCCUCGACUCAGCGGCUGAGCCGUCUUCUGAUUAUACUCAAUGUUUGCCUAGCAUCAGUUCAAACAUUAACUCUUCUUUGGAAGAGACCCAUUCUGUUGCGGACCUGUUAUCACGAUUUGCGCAAAGCAUGGAAGCUAAAUGCUCGGUCUCCUCUCCCUCUCUCGGUCAAGCGACCAUGAUGGACGAACCGACAGAACCCUUUGAACAAGGGGACCUCCCCGAAGCCGCCUCGUGGGCAAAUCUGCGACUGGAAGCCUACUUGGCGGUUGUCAAUCAGGCACCUUUCCCAUCAUACUUAGAUUCCCUGUGCGCAGACAAGAGAGGCGCUCCCGUCGAUGACAAAGACUGGGCGAACCUUAUGCUUCUUCACUUGACAGACAUUAUCCGAUACUGUUUCUCAGACAAUAAAGAUACCGAGCACUAUGCUGCGCUGCUGAGAGACACUACUAUCUGGUCGGAGACAAAACCAGAUUCCUUCGAUCCUAUAUAUACAUGCAAUCACCCCGAGAAACAAGUACUUCCAGAUAUAUGGCUAUAUAGCGAACCAGUGGCUGCUGGCUUGCAAUACUACCAUCUCAGCAGGAUGCUUCUCAUGUCUCACGAUCCGCGUCUUCCAAAGAUUGGACUUGCAAGGAACAGGACGAUGAAGCAAAUAGAGGUCGAAAUGAAGAACGAUACCAAGAUAGUCUGCGCAAUCGCCGCAGGCAUGGGCGAAGCCAGUCCCACAUACCUGUGCGUUUAUGUUAUAGGCCCCGAACUUUGGCAAUUAUGCUUAUGUGUAUUGAGGACUGCAUGCAUGGCCAUAGCAUUGGUCGGAGACCUUUUCGACAAACGCGCUGAACAAGAUACCCUCCUUUGCGUUCUAACUAAUGCAACUGAUCGGUUUGGAUGGCCUACUUCUUACAUCAAGGACAGUCUAAAGAAGACGUGGGGAUGGCUUUAGCUAGGCCAUGAUGAUAGCUGCAAAGUAGCAUAAUUUUGAGUCUGCACUAUACGCUUACUAAGCUCUGUGUGUGAUGUUCUAAUAGCCGUACCAAUAUUGGGCUUUUCGAGAGUAAUUGUCAAUACGUACAACCUUUAAAUUAAGCGAUAUCAUCACAAGUCCUGGAGGAGAGCGAAAACAUACAUGAUAAUGAAAUAAAUCCAGAAC